GUUAUCUUCCGCACACAGACGGGCGGAGCGAUGUGGGCAGAGACUUGUUGUAACGUUGUUCUGCAUCUGCAAGGCAUAUGACGGAUUCUGCUUCAUAAACAACACACGUCUACAGGUCCAACAUGCCUCUUGGCGACAUGAGGACACCCCUGCUGUCCAACUCAUUUGACACCCCAGAGGAAUCCCUGCCCUGUGACCCGGGAAACCCCAUAGUGGGCAUCCUAGGCUCAGGUGAUUACUCCCGCUCCCUGGCUAUGCGAUUAGUUGCCUGUGGUUAUAGGGUAGUGGUCGGCAGCCGUGACCCAAAGCAUAUAGCCACCGGACAGUUUCCUGAUGGGGUUCAGCUUCUCACACAGCGGGAGGCGAUGGUUGGCACAGAGAAAGUUGUCUUUGCUGCUCUCUACCCUGAAUACUACCACACCCUGGUGGGGUUGAGGGAUGUGCUGGCUGGGAAGGUGCUGGUGGAUGUGAGCAACGCCACCAAGCUUAACAGUGGAGAGCCGUCUAACGCUGAGAGGCUGGCAGAGCUGUUCCCAGAGAGCAGAGUGGUGAAGGGCUUCAAUGUGGUCUCAGCCUGGGCCCUACAGACUGGAGCUCAUGACGGCAGCAGGCAGGUCCUGAUCAGCAGUGACUGUCCUGAGGCCAAGAGAACUGUGAUCCAGCUGGCUCGCUGUAUGAGUUUCCUGGCAGUGGACAUGGGAGGCCUUGCUAGCUCUAGGCACAUUGAGGACGCCCCCCUGCGCCUCUUCCCAUCCUGGGGCGGCCCCCUAAUGGUCACCUUCCUCCUCAUCCUUUUCUUCUACGGGUACAACUUCCUGCGUGGUGUUCUCAUGCCCUAUCUGUCCCGGGGGCAAAACAACUUCUACCAGCUACCCCUGGAGACGGUGAACGAGACGCUACCAGCAGUGGCCCUGGUGAUCCUGGCGCUGGUCUACCUCCCGGGACUGUGGGCUGCCGCACUGCAGCUGGUCCGGGGAACAAAGUACAGCCACUUCCCUGGCUGGCUGGACCACUGGAUGGGGAGACGCAAACAGCUAGGCCUGCUGAGCUUCCUAUGUGCCGGGCUGCAUGCGGUCUACAGUAUGUGUCUGACCCUGCGCAAGGCUUCCCAAUACAGGCUGCUGGAUGCAGCGUACAGACAGGUGAAGGCGGGAGUGGAGCAUUCCUGGGAGGAGCCUCAGGUGUGGAGAUCGGACUUUUAUCUGUCCUCUGGCAUUCUGGGACUUGGUGUUCUGACUCUUCUGGCCAUCACAUCUCUACCCUCGGUGGGUAACGCUCUCAGUUGGAGAGAGUUCACUUUUGUACAGUCAGGGUUGGGGUACGCUGCCUUGACUCUCUCCAUCAUGCACACCCUCUUCUUCAGCUGGGACUUUGCCAUCUUCUCAUUUGCUUACCCUUACUACAUGCCACCCACAUACCUGCUGGCACUGAUCCUGCCCUGUCUGGUCCUGGUGGGUCGGCUCUUCCUGGCACUGCCCUGCCUGGCGUUCAGAUUGGCAAAGAUACGUCGAGGCUGGGAGAGUCCAUGCCACCACCCUCCUCAAACCCAAGAGGACACAGCCAAUGGCGUGCUGCCCAGGGACUUAAGUGGUGAUGUGUGAUGGUCCAAUCAAGUAGAGACUCAGUGCAAAUCCAUUUUCUAGCUCUGAUGAAAGGGAUGGUUUGUUGUACAUAUUUUGUCUGACACACACUAUGGCACUUUUUAAUGCAACUUCAUUUUAAAAUCCAAAUAAGAAACAAACUCAAGAAAAGUGUUACUAUUUUUCUAGAAACUGAAAUACUGAAAGGUUACCUCACAAGUCCAAUAUACAACUACCUUCUGUUAUGAUAAAUGAUGUACGCGCUUUGUUUAACUGGGUUAAGAAACAUGAACAGAAAUAUGUAUCACUUUCACUAAGUAUCAUAGCAAGACAUUUCAUAUUUGACUAGACCUCUAAGCUUCUCUUGGGUAAAGUGAAGAAGGAUGUGACCACUUUCUGGUCAAUUUCAGCAUGUUCAAAUCUCCAAACCCACUAUUCGACAAGAUUUACCAACCAGAAGUGCCUGAAUUGAGCCUCAACUGAGAAGCUGCACUUGACCCUGAAAUAGAAAAAAAAUUAUAGACAGAAGUCUGUAUAAGGAUUAGUGUUAGAGACCUAGUUAAUACGGUCCGUCUUUGUUGUUCAGCUGUGUGUUACUGCGCUGUCGGUUCCAGACAGACAGUCUGUGUGCAGUGUUGUGGAAUAUCUUGAGUCAAAUAUUUGCACAGAUACCGGAACUUGUGAAUUCAAUUUAGACUUUAUUACAAAUGUAACAGAGCCGAGCCUUUCCAUGGAAAAUACUAAAUUCUCUAAUCACAGAGUUCCGACUUUAUAGUUUUUCCCGUCUUUACAUUGCACAGUCACUCCUUGUAUGUACAUGAACAACUCAUAUUGGCCUUAUACUACUGUCAACCUGGGAAAUGAACAAUUAACUGAAGGAAAGUGUCUUCAGCGCACACAUAAGGUGCGAUAUACACUCACCAGACAGUUUAUUAGGUACACCACCCAGUUUAUGAAAAUGGAAACGGCAUUGAGCCAGUCAGUUACAGUUCGAUUGAACGUUAAAAUGGGCAAAACGAGUAAUCUAAGCAACUGAUUGUGGUAUGAUCGUCUGGGCCAGGUGCGCCGGAUCCAAUAUCUCAAAAACAGCCUCACUCCUGGGAUUUUCACAUACGACCAUGUCUAGGGUUUACCGAGAAUGAUGCGACAAACCAAACAUACCCAGUCAGCGGCAUUCCUGUGGGCAAAAACAGCUCGUUGAUGAGAGGUCGAAGGAAAAUGUCAAGAAUCGUGCACAGGCGGACCAAAAACAGACAAACAACUGCGCAGUACAAGUGGUGUGCAGAAAGGUAUCGUGGAACGCACAAUUCAUCGAUCCUUGUCCAUACUGGGUUCCACUCCGAGCAGCUAAAAAUAAGAUGCUCCAUUGGGCACGCAAUCACCCACACUGGACAAUUGAGUGGAAAAACAUCACCUGGUCUGACAAAUCCCGGUUCCUGUGGAGUCAAAACUUGGCAUGAAGCAGCAGGAGUCUAUGGACCCAUGUUGUCUGGUACAGUGUAUAGCUGUGGUAAAGGGCCUUUUUGUGAUUCAUUUGUGUGUGUGUGUGUGUGUGUGUGUGUGUGUAAUGCAGUACCGUAUUUACUUGUAAAAACUAGAAUGCGCAAAGCCAGUGGUUUCUCCUUGGGUAAGAACACAUUUCUUUUUUCUAUUGAAUAUUAAAGCUUAUGUGCCAUAUUUGGACCCAUUUCAGCAAGGGGGGAAAUACUUCACUGUACUUAUGCAAUAAAGCUUUUUAGAUGAAUCAUUUCAAA